AUGCUUCGAGCGGAAGAGAACGCGGAGGGCAUGUCGGUGAUUUGCCAACCGAGGGCAACGUGGGAGGACACGUGCUUGCUCGUGAGGGAAGCCGAGAGCCCGGUGUUGUGGCACCGGAGGUUGGGGCACGCCGGCUAUGAGAGCUUGGCCAAGAUGGUCGAGGGCCCCGGGUUGGUCCGGGGUGUGGGGGUGAAAGCGGGGGCGUUCCGGGAGGAGAAAACUUUGGUGUGCGAGCCUUGCAUCAUGGGGAAGCAAACCCGGAAGCCGUUCCCCAAGGAGUCGGACUCCAAGGAGAGUACGGAGCCCCUCGAGCUCGUGCACAUGGACGUGUGCGGGCCCAUGCCGAGGGACGGUGCAACGGACCACGGCGGGGCACUCUCCCGAACAAAACGGUUCGGCGGCGGAGCGGUUGAACCGGACGCUCGAGGAAAGAGCGCGGGCUUUGCUGGGUUGGGGCCGGAAUUGUGGGCGGAAGCGAUGGUGACGGCCAACUACACUUGGAACCAGGUUCCCUCGAGCGUGCACGGCAAGACCCCGUGGGAAAUGUUCUAUGGGGAGAAGCCGAACCUAAGCCACUUGCGGGUGUUUGGGGCGCGGGCCUACAUCCACGUGCCCAAGGGAAACCGGAAGAAGAUGGAGCCGGUGAGCGAGAGGGGGGUGUUCUUGGGCUACGAGCCCAACUCGAAAUCCUACCGGGUCCUUCGGGAGCGGGAUGGUAGGAUCUUAACUUCCCGCGACGUCAUGGUGGAUGAGCGUGGGCCGUCCGCGAUCGUUGAGCUUGGCUCCGAUCCGGGGAAGGAGGGGGGUGCUUGCGGCCCUAGUCGUGUGAGCCCCCCGACUUGGAUGGGUGUAGGGGGGUCGGGGGAGCAUCCCGAGCCGCAAACGUAUCAAGAAGCCGUAGGGGGAGAAGAGAGCGAGCUUUGGCGGAUGUCAAUGGACGAGGAGAUGCGGUCCUUGUUGGAAAACGGGACGUGGGAACUAGUCAAAAAAACCGGAGGGGGUGAAGCCGGUUCCCAUGAAGUGGGUUUACAAGAUUAA